AUGAGAUUUGAAAACAAAAAAAGAAACGACUCCCCUUCCAUAUCGGUUUUCAGAUGUUUUCUAGUGAAAAAACGCCCCUUCUUUUUUUUCUUCAUAUUUUAUUCCUCUAAGAAACGACAACUGAUUUGGGAUAGUUUGGAGGGUCGAGGGCUACCUGGGAAGUAUAUUGACAUAAUUAAGGAUACAUACGAUAGAACGGAAACAAGUGUCCGCGCGCCUGUAGGGGAUACAAACUUCUUUCCUGUGGAGGUAGGACUCCACCAAGGGUCUGCGUUGAGCCCUUUUCUCUUUGCGGUGGUCUUAGAUGAGUUGUCCAAGUUGAUCCAGGAGCCAGUCCCGUGGUGCAUGCUUUUUGUAGACGAUAUUGUGUUGAUUGCAGAAACUAAACAGUGCCUGAACGCGAGGAUAAAGGAGUGGCGAGUCGCUCUAGAGGGCAAGGGCCUAAGGAUUAGUCGAUCUAAGACUGAGUAUCUACACUGUGAUUUCAGUGGUGUAGCCGAUGACGAUGACACCCAAAUCACCAUUGAGGAUCAAUUGGUCCCAGAGGCAACUAAAUUUAAGUAUUUGGGGUCGUUUGUACAAAGGGAUUGUGACAUAGAUAGUGAUGUAACCCAUCGCAUACAGGCUGGCUGGUGUAGAUGGAGGGCAACAAGUGGAGUAUUGUGCAAUAGGAGAUUCCCAACUAAACUAAAGGGGAAGUUUUACAGGGUAGCAGUUAGGCCAGCUAUGCUAUAUGGAACAGACUGUUGGGCUAUCAAGAAGACACAAGCACGCAAGAUGGAGGUAGCAGAGAUGAGGAUGCUGAGGUGGAUGUGUGGACACACGAGGUUGGAUCGAAUUAGAAAUGAGCGAAGGCAAACGACGACACCAUUUAGAGUGGUGGAAACUCUGACUGUGGAGCGGAGGAGAGGAAGAGACAGACCCAAACUGACAUGGGAAGAGCAGAUUAGGCAUGAUUUACUAGAGUUGCAUCUUUCCGAGGACAUGGUCCAAGACAGGACUUCAUGGAGGCGUAGGAUUAGGGUUAAGGACUUCUAG